CAACGGCAGAAUUCUAGCAUCGUCACUGGAUAACCACCUCCUCCCUCCUUCGUACUCGGAAUCAGACACGACUGCAUGUAGUCUUUUGUUUCGCCCCCACCAGGCUAUGAUAAUCCUGAUGUGCCUCCCAGCAUCAUCAUCAUCAUCGUCGUCAGGACAAACAAGGAGUGUUGAGUGGUGAGGAAACAACAUGGCUGCCAUGCAGCAUCACCGCUCACCGCUGCCCCUGCUGCUCCUGCUUUGCUUCCUUCCGCCUAGCCACACUCGGACGUCGGCGAUAUCGGACUUAAAGUCCAAAAUAUCAGGAGUGGAGGAGCUCCUGGAGGAGUUCCGCAAGCAGCUCCAGCAGGACCAAACGUACAGGCCGGGCGAGGUGGCCGACUCCUGCGUGAGCGACUUCACCUCAGCCCGGGAGAGCAUCAUCCGAGCCAAGGCCUCCAUCGAGCAGGGGGCCACCUUCCUGAUGGCGCCGGACAGCGUGUACACCUGGAGGGACUGUGUUCACGCCUGCUGCUCCCAGCCUCACUGCACCCUGGCGGUGGUCCAGGAGGAGCCGAGGCAGCCCGGGGAGAGCCUCAACUGCUACCUGUUUAACUGCACUUACAGGAGUCAAAAUGUCUGCUCCUUUGCUCCGCAGCCGGGCUUCACCUCCCACAGCCGCCCUGCCAACACUACGCUGGGGCAACUCCUGCCUGAAUCCUCCGGAGGCUCGGAGCGAAGGCGUGGGGAUCUGGAUGAUACACAAGUUGACGAGCCUCCCCGCUGCGACGCCGGACAGGAUGUGGUCAUCCAGCUGCCCACCGACUGGGCCGUUCUGGACGGCCGCGACAGUGUGGACGACCACGGGAUCAGUCGCUAUGACUGGGCCCUCGUCAAGGGGGACGCAGGCAUCGCUAUGAAGGCAACUCACCCGGGGUUGUUGAAGAUCAGCGGCCUCCAGGAAGGCGUGUACACUUUCCAGAUGACUGUCACUGACAUGUCUGGUCAGAAGAGCUCAGACAAUGUUUCCGUGACCGUGUUGGCACCUAAACACCAAGCAGAAGUGUGCACGGGACGUUGCUCCAACUACCAGUUCAAAUGCGACGACGGCUGCUGUAUCGACAUCACCUUCGCCUGUGACGGGAAGCAACACUGCCCUGAUCGCUCUGAUGAAGAUUUCUGUCCAAACUUUGACACCAGCAGGAAGGCAGUGACCCACACUGAGGAUCUGCCCGUCUCUCAGCUUCCAGCAACACACACGAUGGACAGGAAGACCGCCGAGAGUGACAGACCCCCUCAAGAGAGGAGCAAAGCUACGCCUCAACCCAGUGGACAACAAGAUUCAACCAGUCAAGACCCGUGUGCCACUGCUCCGGUAGUGGGACCAUGCAAGGGCGCCUUUGCACGCUGGUACUACGACCAGGCCGCGGGAGAAUGCAAACACUUCCUGUACGGAGGUUGCCAGGGCAACCAUAACAACUUCCUCCAGGAGGCAGACUGCGUCAGUGAAUGUAUACAGAAAAGUCCAGCCUUUAAACCAGCGACUGUGUCUCCUCCUGUCACCAAGCAGACUGACAUAGCUGCCCCCAAAGCCUCACAGAGCCAAGAAAGUGACACCCCACUCUCCAAACCAGUCAAGGGUGGACAUCCGGUACCAGAGUCAGGUGCCAUCCUUCCACUGGCGCUGGGCCUCAUCAUCACCGCCCUGCUGCUGCUCAUGAUCGGCUGCCGGCUCAGGCUUGUUCGCCACAAGCUGAAGAAAGCGCGACCCCUCACCACAGAGGAAUCCGAUUACCUCAUCAACGGUAUGUACCUGUAGCCGCACCAGACGACUGCGACCCAUCUGAUAGGUUGGAAAAGGGAUGCUGCCGCUUGAGCCUGAGGCCGGACCUUUUUUAAAUUUGCACAGUUUUUUUUUUUUUCCCCUGUAGCCUGAUGUCUGUAAUUAGUUUCAUGUGAGCUUGGAAACAUCGCAUCUGAUGCUUGGACUGUACACUGGAACCCUUUUUGAGUGCUGCGGAUUGGAUGCUGCCUUCGAAAACCAAUGACACAUACUGUACUCGUAGAAUCUUGUAUGUUUAUAUACACUGUGUGGACAAAAGUCUUGGGAAACUGGGUCAUGACACCGACAGGAACUGAGAAUUGUUGUUUAAAAAUAUGGAAUUAGUCCUCCUUCUUUCCAGCUGUCUACACGGUUUUUCUGGGAAUUUCAGAGGCACUGAUGUUGGACCGUUCAUCACAUCAGGCAUGCUUUUUAAAAAUGUUGUAUCAUUAUUUAUCAUGAAUAAAAAUAGUAUAAAUCAUUUAAAAAUACAAAUAAAUGUAAUAAAUUAUUCCAAAAUAGAAAUUAGAUACAAAUAUUAUUAGAAAACUAUUCAUUAAUUAUAAAAUAAAUAAAAUUAAAAAAAAAUAAUCAAAUCUAAUUAGUUACAGAACUGAAGACAUUUUCCCAAACUGUCCCCACAAAGUGUGAAGUGUAAAAUUGAAGUACAAUGUUCCCUCGCUACAUCGCAGUUCACCUUUUGCGGAUUAGCGGUUUCGCGGAUUUUUUUAAGCGCAAUUUUGCAAAUUAUUUUUUUUACAGCGUAUGAACGCUCACUGUCCUUGUGGUGUAUUAGAGAGAUCUAUCGGCAGUGGUGGAGCUACGGGGUGGCCGUGGCCACCCUUGGUCACCCCCAAGGCUGGGGGACAAUUUUGACAAAUACAGCUCUGUGGUGCAGAACAUUAGCUCAGCCGAACCACCGUUGGACGUAUUUCACUGCAGCACACAACUUUCUGUAUGGAGGAGCUGUCAAUAAACCACACCUUGCAGGUACGGUAAGUUUUCCAUGAUUACUUCGGUCGGUUCCGGUCAAGUUUUCUCACUUUGUUGACUUAAAUUCUAAAGCGUGAUUCAGCACAUAAAUCUGUUAAUAAUGGAAGCUCUCUGUAGCAGCAUGAGUGCGCAUGUAAACCAGGAGUUCAGGUUAAAACAGGAGUGCCGAUCAGCAUCCACUUCCGGGUUAUGCCCUGCGCGGGUUUGGCUGCCAUGAUGGGGAGCAGAGUCCAGAAACUAUGCAUUGAAAACAUGUCCUCGGCGCACUGCUCAGCUGUGAAUUGCUCUAAUAUAUGGUCCGAAAGCAGUGGGGGUUGCCGUGGUCACCCCUGGUCACUCUCCAGCCACCCCACUGGCCAUCUAGACAAUUCAGGUAUCACCUAUGUGAGUAGCUUCACCUUGGCCACCCCAAUAAAAAAAUUCUAGCUCCGCCACUGUCUAUCUCUCUUGUAUGUGUCUGUCAUUGUAUUUACUACUGCUACCAGUAGAUGGUGUUGUAUACUCAUGUGAGAUGUGUUUACAUAUGUAUGUGUUAACGUGCCUGUACAGCAUGUUAGGAGCCCCCAGUACCAAUAGCCGGCUAAAUAUAGAGCCACAACAGUCCUUAUUGGCUAAGGGAGAACCCGCCCAUUGUAUUGUCGGUCCUGAUUGGCUGUAGAUCAUUGUCAAAGCUCCUUCGUGCCGUUUCCUGUUGCUCCAGUAGUUGCUAGCAAACUGGCUAACUGUGUUAGCUGCUUGCUAACCUGUUAAAUGAAUCGCGGUUCAAGGAGGAGAACGAGGAGGACGACGGCAGGAGCAAUAUGUUUUAACGCGGAUACAAAAACGCUACAGCCGAACGGCGCCAGGACGAGGCACGGUCAGAGUGAGUCACUUAAUUUCCUGUGUCCAACCUAGUAGAUUGAUCAAUAAAAUUCUAACGAAAUUUAAACUUUCAGAGUGUUUAAACACGAGAGAAAUGUGAGAAAAUGUUCAUGCCUGUCCGAGAAGUGUAUAAAGUUUAUUGUGUGGGGUUUUACAGCAGUAAAACAUAUAUAAUUGUAAACAAAUAAAGUUGGCCACUGCCCAGAUUUCACUUACUGUGGGCUGUUUUGGACCCCAUUCCCCGCGAUAAACGGGGGAACACUGUAUAAAAACUAUGUAUGACGGAAUGGUGAUAAACUCAUGAAUGGAUUGACCCAAGUGUCUUAAAAAUGUUGUCCAUGUUGUGUAUUAAUCAUGAAGCAUACAGUUGCACUCAAAAUGAUUGAACCCCCAUUAUAAAUGAGUAUUACUUCCAGUAGGUGGCCCAUUUCAACAAAUAAUGACAUCCUUGAGUAGAAUGGAAGGCCAUUUUAUUCUCAUUUAUUUGGUAAAUAUAUAUAUUUUUUUGAGCACACCUUUCUGCAAAUGUACCGUGCCAUAAUUGUGCUCUCCACUAAAUACAUAUGAAUGACCUGUGGAUAGAAAUGUAAAUACACUGGAGUAUAGUGAAUUAGUAUAAUUAGUAUACUUCUAUACUGUAUAGACAAUUCUUUUCUGCAGAAACAUAAGCCAUAGCUAUGGUCAUGUAGUACUCCUGGCCUUUUCUCAAAUUGUAAAGUAUCAUGGGUAUGUACGUACUAUAUGGAACUCAUGUAACUCUUCAUCUUACAUUAAAGUUUAUUUUAUAAAAUGAUCAAUAUGGAGUUUAUCAGUGUAAUAAUUUUAGUCAAUUACAUUUUGAAUGUAUGUUUCUUACAUUUAAGAGUCAGUAGCUCGCCAUUUGAAUAUGGAUUAUAACCGGAAAUGUUCAAAAUGUAUUUUUCAGUGUGAAAAUGUGUUUACAUCAUUACACAUUCCAAUUAAAAUAAGGCAAGGGUUGCAGUAUGUGACAAAAGUGAGUACUGUACUCACAUUUCAGCAACCAUUUUAUUAUAGCUUCUCAACAGAUAAUACGAGAGAAGUAAAACUUAUACUUUUAGAGUAAUCAGUGUGUACAGCUAGUAUGGCAGUACAGAUGUACUCUCCACUGAAAAUGAGUCAGCACAAAGCCAUUAUUGUCUAAAAACUGGCAACACAAGUGAGUAGCACAACAAUUGUAUCUUCUGCCUAGCGUCACUGUCUGGGGAUGCAUGAGUGCUGCCGGCACUGGGGAGGCCGUGGUUCAAGGAGACACUCUGAAGCACAUUUCUGGUUGGCAGUAAAUCUAUACUGCUAUACAAACUAAGUGUGCAGCAAGAUAAUCAAGCAUGGUGGUGGUGGUGUCAUGGUCUAGGGCUGCAUGAGUGCUGCCAGAAACGGGGACGACAUGAAUUGCAACAUGUACUGUGUCAUAAUAGCUGGGAGUCAGUGGAUAGUGCUAUACAGGCACUCUAAAGCGGGUACAGAUUUCUAUGGUAUUGUAUCAUAUACAUUGUGAGAAGCUAUAAAAUGGUUGCCGAAAUGUGAAGACGUGUGUACUCACGAUGAGUCAAUAAUCAAUCGACAAUCCAAUGACAAAACAUAAGCAACUCUUUAUUGUCAUAUGCCAUGCCAGAAAUUGUUGACAGCCAUAUUUGUAUCACUCAAAAUAAAAUGUGCUUAAAGAUUCCACGUAUUUCCCUCCCCAAAGACACCAGACAUUCAUUCGCUUUAUAUUUUGGCAAAGCAGUGACUAUCCUGUUCCGUCACUUGCGUGUGACGUGCGUGGAAAGCGCAUCUUUGCACGUGCAUGUGUUGGUGUUUAAAGAUGCUCUGCUCUCUUUGGAUGGGAAGCAAACGGGAUAUGAUGUCAUAUCGUCAGCCAUUGUGUUGCUAAUACUGCUAUCAGUAAGGAGGGCAGGGAAAGCUUAUAUAUUAGCAGGGAGGUUGAACGUUAGGUGACCCAUACGCACACGCUGCAGCUAUGUGAAUAACCUAAAAAGCUCAGGCGUCCAUCCUCAAAGUCCAGCGUUCUCCGAAAAUGUUAAUACUCUGCAUCAAUGGCUGACUGCAUGUAAAAGGGGCACAUCAUGAAAAUAUCUCUACAGUCCAUCACACUUAUGAAUAAAUCAAAUUGUGAGUUUUAAUGUAAAGGCUGCUUGACCCUCCCUCCCCCAGUCUGAGUUUCCUCCAGGUUUCGAAAUAAAAAUGGUGAGAUUAUGGACUGUCUUCCUGUUCAGAGUUCAUCCCUGCAGGAAACAGAAGUCGUGGAUGUUAGAGAAGCCGUAGGGGGGUGAGGGGAGAAAAAUACAAAUAGAAAAUGUUAGGAGCAGAAUACAAUCCGACUGGUCAGUGUUGUCUACAUCUCACAGAGCAGAAGAUCAAAUAAAAAGAUAGUUGACACGCUCCGCCAUUAUUAUAUUAUUAUGUGGUCAUGCUCCCCAAACCGCAACCUUCACAGUGCUUUUUGUCAAGUUUCAUUAGUCCAGCAGCUUCGAUUCACCCACCCCAAUGUGUGACUGAAAGGUGUUAAUCAAAGAAGGAAGGAAACGUGCAGCUACAAGGCAUGGUAUGGAAGAAGCAAAAUGUGUCAACAAGCAGCAAAAAGGCAGCCCCUUGUGAUGCGUUGCCUGCUCCAAGCCACGCCCCAUUUCACCUUUUCCGCUGUGAGAAGGAGAGAAGGGUAGGAGGAAGGAGGGGAGGGAAGUAGAAGGAAGUCACUUCCACCUGGACCACUGCUUGUCUCUGUCCGUUAAAGGCACAUAUAUCACCCCCAUCAAGGGCUUCAUUUUGGUGCUGCCGUCCUCCAGCUUGUCGUAUUGCUCCAACAUCUGGUUGCCGCCCGCCGGGCCCACCGGCAGAAUGAGACGACCGCCGGGCUUCAACUGGUCCAGGAGCUGCAAGACACGGCCGUUUUGUCGGUUUAUUAAUUCAAGAUUCAAGAGAGUUUUAUUGUCAUGUGCAUGGUAAACAGCAGUUAUACCAUGCAAUGAAAAUCUUAUUCUGUUCAUUCUCCCAAGGAAAGAAAGAAAAACACAAGAAAGAAUAAGAACAUAAGAAACAUAAACACAUAUACAUAAAUACCAAGAAAUUAAGCAACAACAGAAGAGACAUUAAUGCAAGUAAAUAAUACAAAUAAAUAAAUAAAUAAAUAAAGUGCUAUGAGUGUGUGUUGCGUGUGGCGUGUCUGAGUGCUUCAUUGAGAAGCCUGAUGGCCUGUGGGUAAAAGCUGUUUGCCAGCCUUGUGGUCCUGGACUUCAAACUCCUGUAGCGUCUGCCUGAUGGUAGGAGUGUGAAUAAUGAGUGUUGUGGAUGUGUGCUGUCCUUGAUGAGGUUGUGUGUUCUGCGUAGGACUCUAGAUGUAUAAAUGUCUU